AUGCCCAGCCUACUAGGAAAGCGCAAAUCGCGGUCCCCGGACGGCGAUACGGAAGCGCCCAUAGAUGCCCAGGAGCUCCUAAGGCGACACUUUGAGGCAAGAUUUAAGCCGCUCGCCGUUGCACCCCUUGUCCCUCCGCCAAAGACGAACGUUGGCCACGACAGCGACGACAGCCAGAACGAGGACGAUGGCGAAUCUGACAGUGACCUGUCCGAAUCAGAAUGGGACGGGGUUUCUGAUUCAGGCGAGAGCGAUGAUGAGGAUGCCGAAAGUCACGUCGUCGAGGUGGUCGACCACUCAUCGACCGGAAAACCAAUCGACACUUCUAAAAUGAGCAAGCGCGAGCUCAAAGCCUAUCUUUCAUCCCGACCACCAAUCCACAGCGACCAGGCCGUUGCAGCGGCACAGAGGGCAGGCAGCACCAAAGCGGCGUCGUCUGGCGAAGACCAACUCGAGGACAGUGCCGCAUUUUUAGCCAACGACCUCGCCCUGCAGCGGCUCAUCGCCGAGUCCCACAUCCUCUCUGCCGCCGGCGCCAACGCGUCGCACUGGCAAUCACAGCACGCCGCCGCCACCGCCGCUAACACGCGCGCCUUCUCGGCCGGCCGCACCGCGCUCAAGAUGACCGACAUGCGUGUGCAGGCAUUGGGUGCCAAGGAGAGCAUUUUGACCCAGUCAAAAAUGCCCAUGGCCAUGCGCAAGGGCAUUGUCAGCACGGCCGCCGCCAAGGAGGAGAAACGGCGGAGAGAAGCCAGGGAGAACGGCAUCAUCCUCGAGAAGGAGGUGAAGAAGACGAAAUCGAACAAGAAAAAAGGCUCGGGUGCCAGGCCAGUGGAUUUGCCGGCGGUGGGGAAGAUGAGAGGCGCAGAGCUGAGGAUCAGUGCCAGAGAGGCGAAGGCGAUUGCUGCAUCUGCAAGAGGCGCGGGUGUAAAAGGGAGGGGCAAAAGAAGGAGGUGA